AUGGCCGACCGACUCUCGCUGGAGCUCCUCGAGCUCAUCGCGUCCAGCGUGGCCGACCAGGCAACGAUGACAGCGCUGCUCAAUGCGCUGCCCUUGAGCCUCCUCUCGCCAGCCCUCGUCGGCGUGCGGCGCCUGCUAGCACUGCACCCAGCCAGCGACGUGUGGCCGACGCUUGGCGCGACCGCGUCGAUGCGAGACGCGCCCGCGCUCGCUGCGCUGCACGAGUGCAUUUCGCUCUACCCAGUGGUGCGCGUCUACGACUUGUCGCUGGCGCUGCCUCUGUGCCUGACGACGCGGGUCGAGCUCGUCCAGAUCGGCACGCCGCAGGCGCUCGACGCAGCACUCGACCUAUGGCACGGCGCCAUCUCAAGCCUACAUGUGUCGGUUUGGGAUUUGCGCUUGGGAGGUCGAUGGUCCUCGCUCGAUACUGCGAGGCUGGCCAGUGCACUGCCCCACGUACCUCAUUUGCGCGAACUCCACCUGUCGUGGGGCGGCAGUACUGACGGACUCGACGCCGUCCUUGACACGAUCGUUGCCACCAAGAUUACUUCGCUUGAGAUCACCAUGGGCCGCGACGUUAUGUAUUGGAACCCGUCCCGCGUCGAUCGUCUCCUCGCAUGGUUGCAGACCCGUCCUGUGCGUGAAUUGCACCUUACGAGAGUGUCCUUGGCGCCAACGCUAUAUGGCGAGGUUGUGCGGGCCCUCAACGGAUGCAAUAGUCUUCACUCGCUUCGCCUUUGCGACCACGUCCUUGGGCAUAGCGUCUUGACGAGUCGGGCGGCGUGGCCAGCGGCGCUCCAGUCGCUCCAUGCAGUCGUCCAUUUGACGGGCGAUGCGGGUCGCCUCGCGUACGCCUCGACCUUGCAGCGCCUGUCUCUCAUCGCGCAUCAAUACACGUCUCUGGGUGGCGCAGCGGUGCUCGAGGCAGCGGCAGAGCUGCGAUACCUUCGGCACUUCAAGCUCGAUUGCCAAGUCCGCGAUGUGAUGCCCUUACCACCGACGGCACACCUCGAUCUCACGGCAUUGCUUCCUCGGCUCGUCGACCUGAGUUUGAUCCACACCCAGCUCGGCGACGAGGGUCUUCUGGCACUCGCAUCGGCGCUGCCACGGUGCACGCGGCUGCAGCGACUUGUUCUCGUCCAGCAAGGCUGCACCGACGUCGGUGCAGCGGCGCUAGCAGCUCACUUGCCGCUUACGCUCGAGACGCUCGACCUCAGCAGCAACGUGAUCGGCUGCGACGGCGCAUCAGCGCUUGCGUCCGCCAUUCGAGCCCACUUGAAGGUGCUGCGUCUCGGUUUUAACCAAAUGGGACUCGGCGGUGCGAUCGCGUUCAGCGAGGUCAUGCGUCAGACCGAGCACAUGACGUGGCUGGGCUUGCAGGUCAACCCGAUCGGCGCAGACGGUGUCCUCGCCAUCGUGGCGGCCCUCGCGCAGUGCGACACCCGCGCUGGCCCUGUGUUUUUACAAGGCACACUCCCCGCCAUGCAUCAUCCAACCGACAAGUGCGAGAAGGACGCGUGUGUGCUGGCCGUGGCCAAUCUGCCAGAGCCGACAUGGUGCUGCCUGACCUAA